AUGUUUUCCUCUGCGCUCAAAUCGUUCAAUUCCAACAUCUCCGCCCAUUACCAAAUCUCACCCAACCCCACCGUGUACUCCGGCCCCUGGAAAAUCCACGAUGCAAAGAACAAGUCCACUGGAACGGCGGCCUCAGUGUUUAUCUUUGAUCGCAAAUCACUAGAAUCACGCUCCAAUGGGUUUGGAAGAAGCUCUGGAUCUUCUUCCAAAAAACUGCAGGACGAUGUGAUUGAACGACUCAAGCGCGAAGCAAGCAAUCUUGCGCGCCUACGGCACCCGUCCAUUCUUCAGGUGCUUGAGCCGGUGGAAGAAACACGCAAUGGCGGCCUUAUGUUUGCAACCGAACAUCUCACCGCUUCGCUCUCCGGCCUGCUACUGGAGAAAGAUAACCAGGAGAAUACUACACGCGCCGGUUCGCGGACGAGCCGAUUUGUGGUCGAGGAGGCAGAUGGGACUCGGAGGAGAAGGGAUUUGGAGAUCGAUGAGUUGGAGAUUCAAAAGGGCCUCCUGCAAGUUGCCAAGGGUCUUGAAUUCCUUCACGAGUCUGCAGGCUUAGUGCAUGGAAACUUGAACCCAGAGGCCAUCUACAUCAAUGCCAAAUCAGAUUGGAAGAUCUCUGGUCUGGGAUUUGCGGGACCUCCGGAUUCUUCUGAAACUCGCUCAUCACUUCCACCACUGGCUGUAUCCGAGGUUCUCUAUCAAGAUCCAAGACUCCCUGCUUCGGUACAAUUGAGCCUUGAUUACACGUCGCCUGACUUUGCCCUGGACUCAAAUGUGUCUUCGGCUGCCGAUCUCUUCUCUUUGGGACUCAUCAUCAUUGCUCUGUAUAACUCCCCGCAUGUCUCGCCUCUACAAACGCAUGCAAACUUGACCACAUAUAAGAAACUGUUGAGCUCUCCAUCUACUACUCCAUCACAAGGCAAUAAUUUCCUUUCUUCCAAGCCAAUUCCCAAGGAUGUACUUUCUCAUGUCCUACCAAGGCUGAUCACCAGACGCCCUGCCCAGCGUAUGAAUGCUCGGGAGUUUCAGCAAUCCCAGUACUUUGACAAUGUGUUGGUAUCCACCAUCCGAUUCCUGGAAUCACUGCCAACAAAGAAUGCGAACGAGAAAUCGCAAUUCUUGCGUGGCUUACAACGGGUGCUGCCCGAGUUCCCCGUUUCUGUUCUAGAGAGAAAGCUAUUGGGGGCAUUGAUGGACGAAUUAAAGGACCGUGAACUCCUCCCAUUGAUAUUACAAAAUGUGUUCGGCAUUCUUAAGCGAAUCCCCAAUGGACGCCGUGUAUUCCCGGAGAAGAUCAUUCCUCGCCUGAAGGAAGUCUUCACGAAUGGCUCGGGCAAGGGUCCGGCUGAACGAGACUCUAAGAAAGAUGCGGGUCUUAUGGUUGUGCUUGACAAUAUGAAGCUGAUCGCCGGAAACUGUUCAGGCCUGGAAUUCAAAGAUGAUAUUCUACCUCUAAUCCGGCUUGGCCUGGAUUCGCCUACACACUCGUUGGUGGAUGCUUCUCUUAAAUGCCUGCCUGUAAUGCUCCCAGUCCUCGAUUUCAGCACAGUCAAGAACGAAGUGUUUCCACCCAUUGCUGCCACUUUUAGUCGCACAAGUAGCCUUGCUAUCAAAGUUCGCACUCUCGAGGCUUUCAGUGUGCUCUGCGGGGCCUCUGCCGAUGAUUCAGACGGGCUUGAUGAUGAUCUGUCUGGAAUUCAGACGACCAAGUCGAAACCCACCAAGGCUUCAAUCUUGGACAAGUAUACCAUGCAGGAAAAGCUCGUCCCCUCACUGAAAGCGAUCAAAACUAAAGAGCCAUCUGUGAUGAUGGCAGCGUUAAAAGUCUUCCGUCAAGUUGGAAAGGUUGCAGACAGUGAAUUCUUGGCUUUGGAGGUACUGCCGGUCUUGUGGAGUUUCAGUUUGGGGCCCCUUCUGAGUCUGAGCCAAUUUAAUGCAUUCAUGACUUUGAUCAAGUCCUUAUCAACCAGAAUUGAACAGGAACAAAGCAAAAAGCUGCAGGAGCUAUCCUCUGGCGCCAGGUCAACCGCCUUCCAGAACGGUUCCGACGAAUUCUCACAGGCCGCCUCAGGGCUUGGUUCGCCCGACGUGGAUGGUGCUGGCAGCUUCGAGCGUCUUGUUCUUGGAAAGAAAGCCGCUCCUGCAAAUGGCCAGGCUAUCGACAUGUGGGGUAGUAUGGAACCAGAGCCGGCCAAGCCGACUGUUCCAAGCGUGUCGCCUUCAUUCUCGUGGUCUUCAAACAAUACAGGAAUGGCAACCCAAGCCAAUGCCUUAAGCAAGCAGUCUAAUGCCGCCUUCCGUUCCAUUACUCCGGAUCAGAAGCUGGGUUCUUUCCCAUCGCUUGCCCCUGCUCGGCAGGCUUCACCCGUUGUCCAAGCGUUCCCUGUUAUGCAACCCUCAUCUUCCAUUUGGGGAGCCCCUACCAAUCCUAUUGCUCGAUCCCACACAGGUGCGUCGACUUCGUCUCUAGGGUCAAUGUCGACUAUGGCUCCCUCGAAUUAUAUGUCCGGAUCAACUGCCCAACCAGCACCGAACUACUCCGCAUUUUCAAUUCCUCCUCCUCCGGCGGGGAACAUGACUCCCAGCAGCGCUAUGAGAUCCCCUCCGCUGAAUACAACUACCAGGUUAGCGUCUUUCCAGAGCACAGCUUCAGUGCCGCAGCAAGCAACUCAAAAGCAAGGCUUGGACAAAUAUGAGAGUCUGAUCUAA